GAGUGCGCGAGCGGCUCGGUGCAGGUUGCGCCUCCGUCCGCGCGCGUCGAGUGAAAUCGCACCUCCUUCUGUGCACGCGAGCGCUCCCCAUCCCUCUCUGCCGACACACACACACACACACAGAGCGCAGUGAGGGUAGUGCUGACCGAGAAGCACAGUCUGUCCCACAGUCUGUUUCUAGCAUAUUCAAGCAUCCCUGUGCCAAGUUCCUUAUAGUUUCCUUUUCCUUUUAUUCCACCAUGAUAAGGCGCACUGGAAUAUUCUCCCACGCUUCGCACUAGAAAAGUUUUGUCAGACAACAUAUCACAGCCAUAACACAGCACUGUAAACUAGUUUAAAAACAAAUUGGGCAUUCUGCAAGAUGGCUCUGAACACAGACACCAACGCACCAACUACUGACCUAAAUGUAGGGCAGGAAGAAGAGCAACAAACUGAACAACAGCAACAAACUGAACAACUGACCGAUCAACAACCAGAUGACGGGUCUGGCCAGACCCCCAUAUCCUCUCAGCCAGUGAAGACUGAGCACCAAGAUCCACCCACUGAUACAGAGUCCACUCCUGCCCCAGAAAGCUCAGUCCAGUUGAAUGGAGUGGCCAAAGACCACCUGUCAGUCAUCGAUGAAAAGAUGGAAACAAGUAAUGGAGUCUGCCCUAAAGCUGUGGAUGCUUCUCCUCCUACUUCUUCCCGUUCUUCUCCUCCUCGUCAUCAUCAUGCUAAGGCUGGCCAUGCUCAUGCUAAUGGCCAUGCCCGCCACGGAAGCCGUUCAGGUUCAAUGAGCCAUGCUGGUUCUCCUCGGCCCUCGCUCAGCCGCCAGCCCAGUGCUCUCACCGAGAGUGCAGGAGAUGGCACUAAGCCCAAUGAUUACCUUAUCCUGGCCAUACUUGCCUGCAUCUGCCCAAUGUGGCCUAUCAACAUCGUUGGCUUGACCUUCUCUGUUAUGUCUCGGUACAGUCUGCAACAAGGGAACACUGAUGGAGCACGGCGUCUUGGCCGCAACGCAAAGAUCCUCUCAAUCGUCUCUCUUGUGGGUGGAGUUGUCAUCAUUACUGCCGCCUUUGUCAUCAACCCGGGAUUGAUAAUAAAAAAGUCCUGAGGGUUGCCAUGACAAUCAGACCAAGGAGGAAUUUCUGACCAACCAACUGAUCCAUGAUGACCAUCGUCCUCCUCUCACCCGGCAUUUCCACAAAUUACUGAAGCACCUCAAGAUUUAUUUUUCAGUUCUUUUCUACUCUGUGUCAAGUUCCUGAGACCAAACACCCUCUUUUCAUCUGUAGAAAGAAAAUCAGCAAAAUCAGGAGUGAAGACUUCCCCAGCAUUUUGAAUGGAGGUAUAAGUGACUGAAGCAAGCUGAAUCAUAACAUGCAUCUUUUAUGUUUUGUUUUUGUUUGGGUUUUUUUUUUCAGCAAAAAGGACUAAUUGCUUUUUAAAUGAUGUCAGCAAAGAGGCAUUCAGUAUGAUCUCAUUUCCUGUCUAAAGUCCUUUGUGUGUGUGUGUGUGUGUGUGUGUGUGAGAGAGAGAGAGAGAGAGAGAAAUAGAGAAAGAAUAAAAGAGCAAGAUGUUUGAUGAAGGCACUUUGUGUAGAGAACAUGUGAAAGAUGAUCUGUUUCUCUGCUACCAAGGUUACACACUUUCUGAGUAAUGGCAUCAGAUUCAUAGUUAAAGAGAAUAGCUAAUAUUAAGCCAAUGUAAAUUAAUGGGAGGAAAGGCAAUUACUGAAAUGAUGAAGGAGAAACAGUGAAAAGGAAGCGAAAUGAGAAUCUGAUGCAUCCAGCAAGCAGACUCUCCAUCCAGCAUUCUCUCCUAGAAACGAUUGAAAUCUCAAAGGAGCAAGACAAUAAAAGAAACUAGCAUGCGCACUCCUACAGUGUGUCUCCUGCUCCGGUUUCCUCUUCUUGAUAUGUAUUUAUGUCCACAAACUAAAGUUUGGCACAUUAUCAGAGGUGGAUUUGUGUGAAAGAAACAAAUGCAGGUGAACACACAUGAACAGAUAGCACAGACGUGAGCUUCCUGACUGGCUGACGGUAACUAAAGCGCAUUGAUGGUGUGGAGUAGGGAGAAGGGAGGGGGGGAGCAGGGCUGAACUGGGCUGCAGUCCUUUGUUUCACACAGAUGGAGAGAUGAGAGAGGGAGGGAGGAUGGGAGGGAGGUGGCAAACUGCUGAUGAAAAGAUACUCUAGAGAUGGAGAGAUGCAAGGAAUUGCAGUAGAGAAGGAUGCAAACACGCCUUCUGAUUGGUCCUGUAUUGUGAGCGCAUGUGUGUGUGUGUGUGUGUGUAUACAAGGGAGGGGGUUAUGCGGUAUUCCCCCUGCACCCUUUCUCCCCUCUGCUUCCCUUCCAAGACUUCCCAGACCACCAGUGCAACCAUGUGAAGAGGAAUUAUUGCUAAGUUAGCGUUAUUGUCUUUUUCAGUUUGUAUAACUGCACACAGCAGAUCUUAAUGUUUACAAGACCAGGAUCAGCCUGCACAAUCACAUCCCAUAAAUGCAAAAUCAACCCAGCUGAAUCUAUUCCCUUGACUGACUCGUUUUGUGUCACUCAGCAGUGUGAUACCCGAUUCACUUCUGUUUGGGUAGCUUUGCCAAAACAGAAUCUGUGCCAAGUCUCUGAAAGGUAGCUUUUUAGCUUUUCUAUUUUGGAUCAGAAGAUAUUUGUGUGUGUGUGUGUGUGUGUAUGUGUGUGUGUGUGUGUGUGUGUGUGAGAGAGAGAGAGAGAGAGAGAGAGAGAAAGAGAGAGAGGUAAGUGAUGAUACUCCUGAGUUAAUCAUAAUAUCCCAGUCCCCAAAAAUGUGGUAUUUCAACAUUGCUUAUCACUACGUAUAUAUCUUAUUAUGUAUUUGUCAUGGGAGAGUCUAAAUGUACUUCCUGGGUGAACUCUUUCUUGCUUAAUUGCUGAAAAAAAUAUUGUAAAAUGCUCAUAGACCCCCUGUUUUACAUGGUUGAUGUUUACAGUGUAAUGGCUUUUUGACGAAAGCCAAAAGGAAGUGAUGAGUGUUUUUUGAUCUUUUGUGAAGGUUUUCAGAAGGCAAGUCCUUCAUUUUGUAGCACUUUGUAAAUACAGGAUAUUAAAAACGAACCUCUGUUUACGACAAGAUUUACAGCAUUGUUAAGCACCAUGACCACAUGCUGGGUCCAGUGACAUGCAGGCUGCAGAGCCUGUUGUGUAUUUUAAAGCCGCACAAAUGGGGUUUUGUCCACUAGAGGGCAAGGUGGCACUAGAGUAAGCACCUGGAAAAUGAAAGUGUGCAAAGUCAAAUAUUCUGGACUUUUGUGUUUCAGAACCAGUGAACUGGGUCUAAGACUGGGCUUGAAUGCAACUGGAGGUCAGUUGAGAGUUUAUACAUUAGCACACAAUGUUCAGGGACCCUUUUUUGUUCUGCAUUAUUGGUGGACAAAAUCUAUAAACGUGCAUGUUUAAAUGUGGCGGUAUUGGAAAUGAAUGAAUUGGCAGAAAUUGUGUUGGACUGAAACUUCUGCUGCAUUUUACAAAACAAUGGCAACUUCUAUUAUGAGUUGAAUUGUGCACCAUUUUGUUCAGUUCUUUUGCUUCCCUCAAAUAUUAAUAACCUGUAGCAUGCCUAUUUUUUAAUCAGGAUUAAUCCAAAACAUACUGCGCAUUAAUGUGAGAACCUUGGCAUUGUUUCUGUUCUCUUGAAAUGCUUUAACUGGCUGAAGAUAUUUACUCUGCCUGCACUGCUAGCUUUCCUAAUGUAUAUACUAAUGUACAUAUUUAUAUGUAUAUAUUUGUACUGCUACCUUCUGCCUAUGCGUUAUUCUUUGAUGAAUAUUAGAUUAUUAGUAAUGCAAUUUCUUGACUGUUAUCACUACAGUAAUUUCAUGCAUUCUAUUGUUAUACUAUAUUUAUCGUUAUACAUAUUUUUAUGGUUAUGUACUUCAGAAUUGUUGCCUCUGAGUGGAUUAUAUAUAUGCACCAUAGCUUUGCAGUCAAUUGUUUGGCUGUCAGGUUUUACUGGUACAUUUCUGAGGUGUGAACUUUGACCUCACGUGUUUACACAGUUUAUUACAGAAUCCACAUGCUGCUUAGUGACAUUCAGAAGGAGGAAUCAUCUAAUCUUUCAGUGACACCAGCAGAGUAUCAGUCUCUGGGUUUCAUUUGAGUUUCACCAGUUCUCCAAGUCCAUUCAUUCCUAGCUCACUAAAAUAUGUAUUUUUCAAGGACCAUGUAAAAAGCACUCUAUGCCAGUUCUUUUUGUCCUUCUUGUUCAGUGAAUGUACUUUCCUUCACUGCAUAAACUCACCCUUAUUUUGGGUAAGCCACCAGUGCCAGAGGUUGAUGCUUUUUUCUCUAUGAAAUUAAUGUUUCUUGCAUUAUGACAAGCCCUAUUGCUUCUAUAAUCCUGACUUUGUGCAGACUUGCCUGUGCAUGCCUUAACGGAUUGCUUUUAACCUACAAUAUGUGAUGUACACAGUAUGUAGAACAAGGCCAUUGAUAGAGCCCUAUGUAUUGAUCUUGUUCUAAUCCUACUAAUGUUUCAGUGAGCAUUGUGAAUAAACACUUCCUCAUUAGUGGCA